UCCUCUUCCUUCCUCUGUUCUGAGUUCUGAUGGAGUCUUUGUCAGGCAUGAACGUCGACACCCCUUCAGAGUCCAGCAGCCGUUAUGGCCGUGGUUUUGCAGGAAGCAUCCCUCCCGUACAAACCACCAGUCAGCUACGCUGCAACACCACCUGCAGAAAGAACAGCAAAGUCCGCCUCAAUGACCAACUCGUACCAAAACCAACUGACAUAAAUAUCGGGGAGAAGCUGCUAAUUCCACCUCCGAAGCAACAUCCUUACUUGUCCCACAUGUCUCGGUUUGCCGUGUUCCCGUCUUUCUGCUCUCCAGACGACCCUCGUACAGGCGUCAGAGCUGCCUCAGGGCCUUUUCUCCAACCUGGCAUCCCGAGCAGCGCUCCGCACGUCACCGUGCUGAGCAAAACCAUCGGGGCCCCACACAGACAUGAAAUCCUGGAGUCGCCCAUGAAAGCUAGGAAGUCCGUCAGGUGGCCUGAAGAGCACGUCUUUCUGGAUCCCACGGAGAGGAGGCAGGUGUUCUACCCCACGCCUCCGAAGGCGGUGCUGCCCAACGCUGCGCUUCGUGACUGGGAGCUGUCGCUGCCUGAGAGGACCGGCAACAUGCUGAAAAACCUGGAGCGGGCACUUUGGCUCACGUCUUACCAGACGCACUACACAGGAUCCGGCCCAGCAAACCCGCUGCAGAUCGAUGACUUCAAGGAAAAAAUGAGUGGCCCUGCUGGAAUGAAUCCACACUCUGCGCCACUGGCAAGACUGAACUAUUGUGGAGCUGCUGUUUGCAGUUUAAGCACAUUCGCAGCACUGUGCACGAAGCCAAGCCAAUCCUAACGAACCUCCUCUCCCCACAGAGCGAACGCUCCCGUCCCACGUUUGUCGCCUCUAAACCGGUACAAGCGCGUAGAAGGACGGGAAGCGGCAGCGAGCCUCUAAGUCCAUCACCAGGGAUCAUAGCAAAGCUUAAUGAGGAGCCCCACUUAAAUCCAAUG